GCGGCCGGCGGGGCGCUGCGCUGCCAUGGCGCUCUCCGCGCGGCCCCUGCGGGUCUGCAUCGUGGGCUCGGGGAACUGGUCGUUGCUGACGAAGCACUGUCUGUAGGGCCUCCUGUUAACAGGUCCCCUUCCCUCCAGAAGUGCUGUUUGGGGUUUUUCCCCUGUUAGCUCUCUUCCAAGGGAGCUCAAAAGAGAGUUGCGAGACACUAGGUUAUCUGAAAUGCCUUUUCUUUUUCAAGUGGGUGGUUGCCGAGGCGCACUGAAAGCUUGAAACAAGGAUUAAAUUCUGCAUCUAGCACUAGCUUAUGAUUAGACUUAAACUGUCGUGUCCACUGAAAUCCAGAGGAUUUUAUUGUAGAGCAAGGGGUUCUGCGGUUGCCAAAAUAAUAGGCGGUAAUGUAAAAAAAUUGCAAAAAUUUGCUUCCACAGUGAAGAUGUGGGUCUUUGAGGAGAAUAUUAAUGGGAGAAAACUGACGGAUAUAAUAAAUAAGGAACAUGAAAAUGUAAAAUAUCUCCCUGGAUACAAGCUGCCAGAAAAUGUGGUUGCUGUCCCAAGCCUUAAUGAAGCUGUACAGGAUGCCGACUUGCUGGUUUUUGUCAUUCCUCAUCAGUUCAUUCAUAAAGUCUGCGAUGAAAUCACAGGACGAGUACCCAAGAAAGCUCUUGGUAUAACUCUCAUAAAGGGAAUAGAUGAAGGCCCAGAGGGACUCAAACUGAUCUCUGACAUUAUUCGGGAGAAGAUGGGAAUAGACAUCAGUGUGCUGAUGGGGGCUAACAUUGCCAAUGAAGUGGCAGCAGAGAAAUUCUGUGAAACCACAAUAGGCAGUAAAAUCUUGGAAAACGGCCUUCUCUUCAAAGAACUCCUGCAGACUCCAAACUUCCGGAUAACUGUAGUAGAUGAUGCAGAUACGGUUGAGCUUUGUGGUGCUCUGAAGAAUAUAGUAGCAGUAGGAGCUGGGUUUUGUGACGGCCUUUGCUGUGGUGACAAUACCAAAGCUGCCGUUAUUCGCCUUGGCCUAAUGGAGAUGAUUGCCUUUGCCAGAAUUUUUUGCAAAGGACAAGUGUCUACUGCCACUUUCCUGGAGAGCUGUGGAGUUGCUGACCUCAUCACAACAUGUUACGGUGGCCGGAAUCGACGUGUAGCGGAAGCAUUCGUUAAAACUGGCAAGUCUAUUGAACAAUUGGAGCAAGAAAUGUUGAAUGGUCAGAAACUGCAGGGACCACAGACUUCUGCAGAAGUGUAUCGCAUCCUCAAGCAGAAGGGAAUGCUGGAAAAGUUUCCACUAUUCACUGCUGUGUAUCAAAUCUGCUAUGAAGGGAAGCCUGUCACAGAGAUGAUAUCCUGCCUUCAAAGUCAUCCAGAGCACCUAUAAAGCCCAUCAGGCCACUGUACUAAUGCAACUUUUUGCCUUUCAAGUUUAUGUCUGGGCUCCAGUGGAUGUAUCUUCAAGCCUGGUUCAAAGCUGCUCACUAGGCACCGGUAACAACAUGAAUGUCUCUGAAUGGGCGUUGGCUUUGGUCAUACAGCCUAGUUUGUCAUAGCAUGCAGUGUUGGUGAUUGUUGUGUGUGUUGGCUAAAAUACAACUGUUUUACCAUGCACAAUGCAAAA